CAGGAACUGGUCAGGAGUCAGUGGAGGAAUCUCCAAACUUUUCCCAACUCUCACUCAGCUCUGUGUUUGUUGUUUUACUUCGCUUACAGUUUGUUCCCAGCUGUUUUCAUACAACAGCUGGGUUUGCUGACUGCGUGUGUCGGUGCUGAAGUGGACGCCGCUGAGCGCUUACAAAAGGAAACUUGGGGUGAAAAAAACUUGUGGAAUGAUGCCCGAGAGACUGCAUCCCUCCCUCCAAAGUUCAGCUAAGGUGGCUAAAGCUAGCUAGCUUAGCUCUCGGCUGUCUCGAGAUGGAAAACAAAAAGUUUGUGUCAACUUUUUAGCCGUCAUGGGACAUAUUCACGCGUGUCGUGGCCCAGUGAAGGAGGAUAUCUGAUGCUCGUCGGACACUUUCGUCAUUCUUGGCUGGUUAUCUUCGCCGUGCCAGGUUACAAAGCCACAUUAAGCUAUACUUCAUUAGCAGAGUGAAGCUAGCCGAGAGACUCAUUGCUUCUAUCAAGUUAGCCUGUAAUUCCAAAUUGCUCAAUUUGCCAGAUGGCAAAUCAAAUCCAUCAUGAAAACGCCAGAUUGCAUUUAAUUUUACUGGAAAUUGAAGUUGGGUCCAGAUUAACUGCAGUAUGAACAUCUUUUGGAUGCAGAUGAAGGAGAUGAGGAGAAAUAAAGCAACCUUCCUGACCAGAGCAUGAACAAGGAAUAUUGGAUUCUUAUGUUGCUUACGCCUGCGUUUUCUCCUUAGGUUGGAUUGCAAAUGACAUAUCCAAAUAAAGUCAUUUGACUUCCUAGGUAGAGAGCACAACUGGGUUUGAGCCACUUUGCCAGGCUGAGUGACUUCCUGAAGAACUGUAUUUCUGCUUUUCUUUUGUUUUGAGUGUAAGUUCUGUUCUGGGACAGAAACGCUCCACUACAAGUCCUGCUUUCUCAAAACAUUACACGCUGGAACAGUUUUUGAGAAUAAUUCCAUCAGUAGUCAUCAUCUCACGAUCAGAAGCACUGCAUUUUGGAUGAAGUGAAUGCUGUGAUGAAGGUGACUGUGACGUUUGGGCAGACAGGUGUGGUGGUACCCUGCAAAGAAGGCUGGACUGUGCGGGACCUCAUCCAACAGGCCACACAGAGAUACAGAAAACUUCUGGAACAGGAAGGUGACUUCCUGGUUGUGACUCACCAUGUUGAAUACUGUGAUGGGGGUAUUCUGGAUCCAGAUGAUAUACUUAGUGAUCUGGUGGAGGAUAAGGAUAAGCUGAUUGCUAUGUAUGAGGAGCAGGAAGCCCAGCAGAGGGCUGUGGCUGACACAAGCCCUGUCCCCAGCCAUGACCUCUACCAGCCAGACCUUUCUGUAUUCCAGCCAAUCGCAGGAGGAGAAAUUGAAGUAAAUUCCUCAGCUCUCAAGUCAAACAAUCCCCUUCUGGUGAGAAGCAGCAGUGACUCAGCCCUCAGUCCACUGUCAGCUGAGAGUGAACCCUAUGCCAGCGAGGACGUCAGAGUGAUGGCAGCCAGUCAGGCGGUGGAGAGGCCUGCAGGGACGGACAGACAGCAAGGCAAACACACCUCCAGUGGCAGCCUCACCAGAACAGUGGAGAUCCUCGGAGAGGACAGCCCUCUUGGAAUCCAUGUGGUACCCUAUUGUUCAUCACUCAGUGGACGGUCUCUUGGUUUGUACAUCCGUGGAGUGGAGGAAGAAAGUCGGUCACACAAAGAAGGAUUGUUCCAGGAAGAGGAAUGUAUCGUCAAGAUAAAUCAAACUGACCUCAUCUAUAAGACUUUCAGCCAAGCUCAAGAAAUCUUUCGGCAGGCAAUGCAUUCCCCAGUUGUCUGCUUGGAAGUAGUUCCUUCCUCCAACAGGGAACGCUAUGAGAAGAGUCUCAUCGGUCAUCUCUUCAGCAGCACCCCCCACUCUGACAGCAGUCCCCGAAUCACCAAGACCAAAGAACCACCUCCUCUCAUCAAAGCAAAACCUGUCUUUAAGCUCCCUGAGAAUUCUGCCAUGCGUUUGUCAGAUGACACUGUCACUAUGGAUGAUUCUCUUUCUCCUGCCAAGGUGAGGAGUGAGAGUCCUCUGCUGAAGAAAGCUUCUGGCCUCUCAAACUUGGUGUCCAGUAAGAAGGGACGGAGACUGAGGAUUGACUUGAAGAAAGGUCCAGAAGGACUCGGUUUUACUGUUGUAACCAGAGAUUCCUCAGUCCAUGGGCCAGGCCCUAUCUUUGUCAAAAACAUUCUACCCCGUGGUGCUGCUGUCAGAGAUGGACGACUACAGUCUGGAGACCGCAUACUGGAGGUAAAUGGUGUGGAUAUCACAGGUGUGAGUCAGGAGGAGUUGGUUUGUAUGCUGCGGAGCACACGUCAGGGAGAGUGUGUGUGUCUGGUGGUCCUGCGACAAGAAGACCUGUUCUUGCCACGGGAGAUGAAGGAUGUCGCAUCACGCGGGCCAGGCUUUCCUCCAGAGAGCGGGAAGGAGCAGCUGAUGUUCGAGGUGCCGCUCAAUGACACUGGCUCAGCGGGGCUCGGUGUCAGCCUCAAAGGAAACAAGUCCAGGGAGACAGGAGAAGAUCUCGGAAUCUUCAUCAAAUCUAUUAUACAUGGAGGAGCUGCAUCCAAGGACGGGCGUCUGCGUGUCAAUGACCAGCUGGUGUCAGUGAAUGGAGAAUCGCUGUUAGGCCGCUCCAAUCAUGUCGCCAUGGAGACUCUCCGCCGCUCAAUGUCCCAGGAAGGGAACAUGAGAGGAACGAUCCAGCUUGUGGUUCUGAGGGCUCUGAAGGAAGAACAUGGUGUUUCUCCCAGUCCAUCAUUUGAUGGAUCCUCUGGUGUGCCAGUUCUCGUGAGCCCGGCACAUGGUCAUACAGGAUUGGUCAGUCAAACCAAUGAUCAUAUUCAUCCCAUGGUGACAAACAGUCUUUUUGCAUUUAAUGUUGCCAAUGGGAGUUAUUCACACUUGGAUGAGGAAGAGGAGGAGAAGGAGAUCCAGAAUGAAACAGAGUUUAUCACCUCCAUCCAGCAGUCCUACCUGCAGGAGAGGAAAAACUCCCACACAUCCAGCCAGGCCCAGCCCCAGUCUCCCACCCAGAACCUGAACCAGCGCCAUGUCCAGCAUGUUAAAGCCUCCAAGAGCAUGGAUCUGGGUACGGCUCCGAACCAGCAGCACACUGUGGCAGACGAAAGCAAUGUGGGGUCCUCGGUUCGAAAUACUGCAGCGCUGCCCAUGCCUCUGGAACUUGGCCCAACUUUAGGUUUAAAGAAGUCAAGCUCUUUGGAAAGCCUUCAGACAGCCAUGUCAGAGGUUAACAGAAAGAAUGAACUCCUCCCCUUCCAUCGUCCACGCUCAAAUAUGGUCAGAGGGAGAGGCUGCAAUGAGAGCUUCCGGGCAGCAAUUGACAAAUCCUAUGAUGGGCCACCUGAAGACGAUGAUGAUGAUGGUUCAGUGCAGAGUUCAGGCCGGGAAACCCCAGCAAGUAAUUCUUCCCACCAGGGAGUGGGUGAUCAACUUGAUGGAAAGGCAAAAAAAGAGAAGAAAAAGAAAGCAAAAACAAAGAAGAAAGAGAAGAAGUUGAAAAGCAAGGAGACAAAGAAAAUAGAGGAACCAGAAGAGGCAGAAAAGAAGAAUAAGAAAAAAGGCUUUGGUUUGCUGAGGUUCGGGAAGAAAAAGGAGGAGAAGAAAGAGGCGAAGGCAGCACUGCAACGACAGAGGUCGGACAUUCUGCUUGAGAGGAUGAAAGACGAAAGGGAGAGAACUGAAGCAGGGCAUCCUGAACUGGAACGACAACGCUCCAGAGACCAGCGAGGUGGAGAUGGCACUGGUGCAUCGUCAUAUCCAGAUGUCGAGGAUGAUGACGCAGACCCCAACUACGCCCAAAUACACACCUUUCGAGACCGUGACAUGGGCUCAGUGCCGCACCCACUUCCUCAUUCUCCUCCUUACAGCACAUUUCAGCACAGCCAUCCUCGUACCCCAUCUCCCCAAGCUUUUUCUGCAUAUCCAGGCUACGGAAGUCAUGGCAGUGACCCUUCGAUGACUCCUGAUGAUGACCCAAUUGAUAGACUGUAUGCCAAGGUCAACAAAGCAAGAGGAGUUGGAUCUCCUUCUCCUCCCGUCUCCACUAAUGCCAAUGACACCAUGGACAGGAUCCAACAGCUGAGACGAGAGUACCAGCAGGCACGCCGAGAGGGAAUGGUACCGCCAUAUGAAGAAAUGGAUCCGCGACGCAGAGGACCUGAAAAUGACAUGCACCGGGUUCCAGGUAGAGGGGCAGACCACCGGUUAGCACUACGUUAUGAAGAGGCCGAGCGUCAGUAUGCAUCUUUGCCAAGGCGAGGUCCACUGGAUCCAGCUGAGUACCCCAUGCAGACCUGGUCUGGCCAUUACCCCGGACAUCCCCAAGCCCCACAGGGAUACCCCCAGUCCCCAUCCUACCCAAAUCCCAACGCCCAUUCUGGUCCACCUUAUCCUGGCUACCCUCCUGGCCAGCAAUACCCACGAGGAGCAGACCUUCGAGGCGUUGACCCUGGGUACUACCCCCAGUCAAGCUCCCAGCAGAGAGGGCCCUUACGGCAGGAUGUGCCCCCAUCCCCAACUCCUCCACUCCGUGGACCGCGGUACGACACUAUGACCCGAGCAGCAGGGGGAGGAGGAGGGUACAGGCACCUUGGGGAUCCCAGUCCAGACCAGUUUGGUUACACCGGGAAGGGAGGAGGGCAGCAGCAGCACCAACCUAAUUCAAGACAGAAGAAUCCCAUGACUGCAGCUGUGUAGAUGAAGCAAGUCCACAGAGUUUAAUACUCAAAGCCUUUUGACUCAUCCUGCCUUUUUUUGGUACUCCACUCAAGUAGAGUUGAAAUUGUUACAAUGGUGUGAUUUGAAUCGGCAUCAUUAUCAAACACUGACAUUUGCUGUUUGAUAUAUUUGAUAAUAGACAACUGAGGUACAAGAGGUUAAUUAUAGAGUGGCCUCGCCAUUAUGGCUUGUUGUUUGAAGUCAUUUAAAUUGCUUUGAGCAAAUACUUUAGUCUUGCCAUGCUGGAUAAUGAGUAGAGUUUGUAUUAUUUUGUAACAAUGUGAUUGAGUUGUCUCAGACUCAAAGCCAAAAAGAUAUUUUGCAUCCAUUUUAGUUAUAGCUGCUCAGCCUGGUGUGCUAACAUUGCACCAUUCAUAUUAUACAUAAUAGUUUCAUGACUGCUGCUCCGGCCUCAGCAUUUUAUUGCAAUAUACUGAAAUGUAAAGACCACCACUAUGAAUGUAGAAGCAAGUUAAUCUUCGAUAUGUCACCAUUCACAUACGAGUAUGUAACAGCUGCUGAGACCAGACUGCAAAAUGCCAGAUUGUACAAGGCUACAACAGACCUGCCUACUAAUGUGUUUCCAGUACAGAUUUGAUACACCAACUACACUCUUACACCCCAAACUACACAAAAGUGUUCACAUUCAAACUCAACUGCAGCAAGCAGAUCUGUCAUGAACAAUUCUGCUGCUUUCCCUUUCUUACUGCAGCACGCUGUCAGCAAGAUGUGUGAAGCCACGACUGAUAAUUAUAUUUUCCUGAAUGUCCUUCAUAAUAAAAUCACUUUAUUGUCAAAGUACCACUGGCAGCUGAACACGGAAGACCCCAGUUAUGAAGGGGUAAUGCUGAUAUGAUACUCUUCCCAGUUAUGAAGGGGUAAUGCUGAUAUGAUACUCUGCCUAAUUCUAGCAUCCUAACAGGACUGAGCUAACAGAUAUUUUUCUAAAAUUAAAAAUGCUAUUGGGUGUGUUUUUUCUGCCACUCGAUGUCACAGUUGUACCAGACUUCAGAACCUAAACAGAGUUUUCCUCCUCAGCCACUCCUCUUCAAACCUUCCCCCUUUCUCUUCCACUCUGAGCACAGCAAUCACUAGUUGUGGCCUUUUAACAGGUCUAAAGGUUCUCAUUGUGGAAAAGGUCAGAUGUAUGUGGAUUCUAUUCUGACCUUGUUCUUAUUCAGAGGCAUUUUUUAAUCCUCUAAAGGUGAUUUUUGGGUGUAUUUUUGGAAAGUAGCUGCCGUCUGCCAUCUCAAAAAGAAAAAAAAAAAAUUAACGCUGUGAGUAUUGAGUACUGUUGUCUUUUUAUAAACUUGGUGAGGUGCCACAGUUUCACAGGAUGAAACCGUCAUGCAGUAAAUCUGUACACACAACCAGACUAAGAAAGUACACAGUGGACAGAAAAGCUAAGAGCACAGAGGGAGUGUUGCUUCAUUGUCUGCACAGGAGGCUAUUAAGUACAUAGAAAAUAGUUGUUGGCUGAUAUGUCACUGAGUUAAAUUCAUAACAUCUUUAACCAUCAUCAACAUGUUUUGUCAGAAUAUUACUUUGAAACCAUUCACAGCCAAAACUGGCUGAUUUACAUUUGCUGGAUUCUGGAGCAAGUCUGCUGAUUACACAAUAGAGAUGUGGACAAGGGAAGUGCUGAGAUAAACAGAAUUUCCAGAUUUUGGGAACUAAAAGUUUUAGUUCAUAAUAAAUCUGAGCUAUGUGUUUCUUUCCCAUUAACAUUUUCUCUGUGAAGUUCAAAGAUCAUUUACUGCAUAUAAAGAUAACAUUGAUGCAAGAGUUCUCAGAUGUAAAACAUUGGCAUUCUCUUUUCAUUUAGUUCAUUUAGAGUAAACACAUCUAUGAGAUAUUAUUAUCACUUUACCGAGGCGUUGCUAGGCGAGGCAUUGCUAUUUACGUUGAUGCUACCUGGCUAUACCCGCC